AUGUACAACAACCUCGUCUCGCAAGCCGGCCAGAUGAACCUCCACGGCGUGCCCAACGACAUGAUCCAGGCCUUUUCAGGCGUCGCCUGCAUCAUCUUUGGACCCCUGAUCCAGGGCAUGUACGACGUCUUGGCCAAGCGAAAGAUCGAGUUCGGUCCCAUCGCCCGCAUGGCCGCCGCCUUUCGGCUCAUCUACUCUUCCGGUCCUUGCUACGAACACCCCUUUGCGUGCCCCGCGUCCGAGGGCGGCAAGACGCCCAACGACGUCAACGUGUGGGUGCAGCUCCCCGUGUAUCUGCUCCUCGCCAUUGGCGAAAUCUUUGGCUUCGUCACCGCGUUCGAGUACGCGUACGGCAAGGCGCCCAAGGACAUGAAGACUGUGGUCCAGGCCCUCACUCAGCUGACUGCCUGCCUGGCCAGCGUGCUGGGCAUGGCUAUUAGCCCCGCGGCCAAGGACCCCAACAUGGUCAUCUUUUACGCGUGCUUGGCCGGGGCCAUGGGUCUCACUGCAGUGGCGUUUUGGUGGAGGUUCCGCAAGUAUGAUGACAUGGAUGCUGAGUUGAACCGCCUAGAUCACAAAGAAGGGAGCCAGUCUGAUUCCGUGGUGCAGACUACUCCAGACCGAGAGGCGGCGUAA